AUGAAUAAGGAAUACUCUAAAAAAAGCGACAAAAACAAAAAGGAAAAUGAAGAAUUUAUCCUAAAAGAAGAGAAUGAAAAUUCUUAUUCAGAUUACCAUUAUAAUUUUUUACGAAAAAAUAGUAAUCAAUUAAAAAAAAAUUUAUUAGAAUGGUACUACAAAUACAGGCGUAGGCUACCAUGGAGAAAUGAUAGCCCGCCUUAUACAACAAGUGUUCAGUUAAAUGAAUGUAAAAAUGAAAAUAAUAUUUUGAAUUAUUUUGUUAAAAAUGUUAAACAAGAAUGUACUAUGGAAAAAAUCAAUGUAAAAGAGAAGACCUAUAAUAAUAAGAAUGAUACAAAAUUUUUAGGAACCAAAAAAGAGCAGGAUGAUAUGGUUUCUCAAAAAUUGAAAAAAAGAAAAAAAGAAAAUGUAUGUGAAGACAAUGAAAAUAUAUAUAAUUUAAUAUCGAAUGGUGACACUUUUGAUAUGAAAAAAAAUGAAAUUACAUCAAUCAUUAAUAAGACUAAAAAUGAAAAUGUUGAUAAUGUUUUGUUAGAUAAAAAUGAUUUAAGUUUAAAAGGAUAUAAAAUUUAUAUAAGUGAAAUAAUGCUACAACAAACAAAGGUGCAUACUGUUUUGAAUUUUUAUUUAAAAUGGAUGAAAAAAUGGAACAAUAUUUUUGAGUUAUCAAAAAGUAAUUUGGAUGAUGUAUUAAUAGUUUGGAAAGGAUUAGGUUAUUAUAAUAGAGCAAAAAAUUUAUUAGAAUGUUGUAAAACUGUAGUAGAAAAAUACAAUGGUAUAUUUCCAAAUGAUUUAAAAUUACUAAAAGAAUUACCUGGUAUUGGUAAUUAUACAUCUAAAGCAAUAUGCAUUCAUUUAUAUAAUAGAAAAGAUAUAUGUAUUGAUACAAACAUUAUAAGAAUUUUUUCUAGAAUUACUGAUACAAUAAAUUAUUACAAUUCUACCAUUUUGUCGAAACAUUGUGAACAAGUCAGCCAUAUUUUAUGUUCAGAUGAAUUCAAUUAUUCUGACUUAAGUCAGGCAUUAAUGGAUUUAGGAUCUAGUAUUUGUAAUAAUUCUCCUCAAUGUAAUAUUUGUCCUAUAAAUAAAAAUUGCCUUAUUUAUUUAAAAAAAAAUAAGAAAACAAAUAAUUUAUUUAAUUUAGAGCACUCAAAUGAAUGUGAAUUAUGCAUUAAAGAAAGAAAUGUAGAAAUAAGAAAUGUUCCUCUAGUUAAAAAAAAAAAAAAAACAGAUAAAAUAUGUCUAGUUUUGUUAAUAAAAAAAAAAAAAGAAGGAAUUAAGAACAAAAUAAAUGACAAUAAAUUAAAUGACAUUGACAAUAAUUUUUCGGAUGAUCAUUAUUUGAUGAUAAAAAAUAAGGACUCUAAUUUAUUUUCAAUGCAUUAUUUAUUCCCUUUUGUACUUCUUGAUAAAUAUGAUAAAAAAAUAUUACAUUUGCAUUUAAAUAGUUUGUUAAAGAAUUUAAAUUUAAGUAAUGAUCAGAAAGAUUCUUUUUUAUAUGUAAGUAAUUUUAAGCAUAAAUUUUCUCAUCUUACAUAUGACACAUAUAUUUAUUUAUGUUCUAUUUUGGAAUAUAAAAAUAUGGUAAUGAAUGAAGAAGAAUAUAUAUGGAUAAAAUUAAAAGACAUUAAGGAUUUUACUCACAAUACAUUUUGUCAACAUAUUAUAGAUUAUUAUAAAAUAAGCAUGAAUGAAAAAAAAAUUUCUUUUAAUCGUAGAUUUAAGGAUUAG